AGUAGGAUUAUUUAAGAGAUUAAUUACCUUUGCACCAGCAAAAACAUAUCUUUAAUUUCUUAACUAUGUCUCUCCCGUAAAUGGAGUCUGCUUGAGUUUGCCUGGCAAUGGAGAUCAAAUAUGCCAAGGUUGUGGAAUUUUGAGGGGAUCGAACGAUCGAGUUUUCAGGGAUUAAUGGAUUCGAAGAUUUAGUUUGCGAAUGAGCGAUUUUUUUUGAAUGGAUCGACGUGUGUAUCGUGGUAUGCCGUCCGCCAUGGAAGUCGCGAUUUGCAGAUCUGUUUUUCGGCGAUAUAAUCGUGUUCGGUAGUGGAAAGUUGCACCGAAUGUCGAGGAAAUUUUGUUUACGGCAUACCGCCAGCGGAUCUCAGCUGAGUUCCUAAUCCUGGUGGUUAUGACGAUUUCUUGAGUUUUUUCAAAACUUCAAGAAAAGAGAACGUGGUGUGAAAUUUAAAACUUUGAGAAUAUUUAAAAGCUUUCAAUGGCACAUGGUUUGAACUUUUCUAACCUAUCCCAUGUUGUUAAGGCGGCGGUGGAGAAUAUAAAAUGAAGGUAAGGUGAUGACCGCCGGCGAUUUUGAUCAGUUCGUAAUUCCAAAAACUCUGGCUUGUUCAGUUGAAAAUCUCAAGGCGUGCACUGACUUUGGCUAUUUAAGUUAUUAAAAAUGCGCAUUUCGCAGUAUUAGCACGAGAAGGAACGGUGAGAAAGGGAAGCAGGAAAUGCCUGUUCCCAUGGAAGCUCAUCCUUUAUCUCCGAAGGCGUCCAAGAAUCCGGGAGGAGGCCAAUAUAGAGGUUCAUUUAAUAAUGGCAAUUGUAGCAAUGUGAAGAAUUCCUUUAGCAGUGAGCGCUUCAAUGAAAUUGUCCGUGGAGAUGUCAAUGGUUUCACAAAGUCUCCUUUUAAUGGCGUUUCUGUGCGGUUGAAGACUCCAGACGGUUCGUUUAGAGCUUCAGGCGGGUCCCAGGAGUGCGGGAUCGAUUUGCAACAGCUGAGGAGCACUAAUGUUGCUGGAAUACUGCAUAAAUGGGUGAAUUAUGGUAAAGGAUGGAAAUCUCGAUGGUUUGUUCUCGAGGAUGGAGUUCUUUCAUAUUACAAGAUCCAUGGCCCAGAUAAAAUUGCUGUAAACUACGAGACAGAGAAAGGACGAAAGAUUAUUGGAGAGGAAUCUUUAAAGCUUAUGAGAAGUCCUAAAAGCUCGUUUGCUCAUGGUGUUCAGAAAAAUGAGCGAAAGACGGUUGGAGCAGUACAUUUGAAGGUAUCGUCUGUCCGGGAGAGUAGAUCAGAUGACAAAAGGUUCUCCCUUUUCACUGGCACUAAGACACUCCAUCUGAGAACCGAUUCUAGAGAGGAUCGUUCAACAUGGAUUGAUUCUUUAAUGGCAGCCAAAGAUCUUUUUCCUUCUAGAUCAAUUAGCAGCCAUUUUCUUAUGCCUGUUGAGGAGAUUGUUGUUUCAACUGAGAAGCUCAGAUGCCGCUUACAAGCAGAAGGAUUGAAUGAUGAAAUAAUACGGGACUGCGAAGACAUCAUGCUAUCAGAAUUUUCUGAGUUACAAAGUCAGCUAAAGUUUCUUGAGCAAAAGCGAUUCAAUCUGCUUGACACUCUAAGGCAAUUGGAGGCUGAAAAGGUGGACCUAGAGACCACGGUUAUUGAUGCAAGUCAGUGUCAUUCAAAAGAGCGAGAUGUAGGUGAAUAUGAACAUGGAAAAUAUAGUGGCAGUGCAACAGAAUCUGAAGCAGACAAUGAAAGACAAGAUGGUGGAGAGGUAGAAACUGAUGAAGACGAUCAAAUAUUCUUUGACACAAAAGAUUCUCUAUCAGACUCUUUAAGAAGCUCUAGCAAUGGGUUCAGGCGAACAUCAACAGCUUCUGAUGAUGGAUUUCUUGACAGUGAAGAUUUUUUAAAUGGUACAAAUGAGAUUGAUGCUGAUAUGGAACUUGUUAGUUCUGACUAUCCUUUUGUAGAAAGACGAAAGAGUUUACCUGAACCAAAGGAAAAAGAGAAAGGAGUCAGCCUGUGGUCUAUGAUUAAAGAUAAUAUUGGGAAGGAUCUUACCCGAGUUUGUCUUCCUGUCUACUUUAAUGAGCCACUUUCUUCCCUGCAAAAGUGCUUUGAAGAUAUGGAAUAUUCCUACCUUAUUGAUCUGGCAUCUGAAUGGGGCAGAAAAGGAAACAAUUUGAUGCGUAUACUGUAUGUAGCGGCAUUUGCAGUUUCUGGAUAUGCUUCUUCAGAAGGUCGAUAUUGUAAGCCUUUUAAUCCUCUUUUAGGGGAAACCUAUGAAGCUGAUUCUCCAGAUAAAGGCCUCCGUUUUUUUGCUGAGAAGGUCAGCCAUCAUCCUAUGCUUAUUGCAUGCCAUUGUGAAGGUAGAGGAUGGAAAUUUUGGGGAGAUAGUAACCUAAAGAGCAAAUUUUGGGGCCGGUCCAUUCAAGUUGAUCCUGUAGGGAUUCUUACGCUAGAGUUUGAUGAUGGUGAAGUGUUUCAGUGGAGUAAGGUCACCACAUCUAUCUAUAAUCUCAUUUUGGGAAAGCUAUACUGUGAUCACUAUGGGACAAUGCGCAUACAGGGCAAUUGUGAAUAUUCUUGCAAGUUAAAGUUUAAGGAGCAAUCCAUAAUUGAUCGUAACCCUCAUCAGGUACAAGGGUUUGUGCAAGACAGGGAUGGAAAUAAAGUAGCAACAUUAUUAGGUAAGUGGGAUGAGAGCAUGUAUUACAUUCUUGGUGAUAUUACCACCAAGCCCAAGGGAUAUGAUCCAAUGUCUGAGGCUUCCUUAUUAUGGAAAAGAAGUAAACCCGCGAAGAAUCCCACCAGAUACAAUUUGACAUCUUUUGCAAUAACGCUUAACGAACUAACUCCUGGACUAAAGGAAAAGUUACCACCAACUGACUCAAGGCUGAGACCUGAUCAGCGGCAUCUGGAAAAUGGCGAGUAUGAACAGGCUGAUGCAGAUAAAUUGAGGUUAGAACAGAGGCAGCGACAGUCAAGGAAACUACAAGAAAGGGGGUGGCAACCUCGAUGGUUUCGGAAAGAGAAGGGCCAAGACACAUACAAGUUUAUUGGUGGAUACUGGGAAGCAAGAGAGCAGGGUAAAUGGGACGGUUGUGUCGACAUAUUUGAUCAAACCUCUCAAGAUGUUCCUGUUAAUUGAAAAUGGAUUGUUGGUGGAUGUUUAUCUUUGGUAAAAUUUAAAGCAAUAAUGCUCUCUAUCAAGCAUUUUGUUGUUCUAGUGUUCUUGAGGUUACUUGAGAGGGCAAUUAGGUCAUGGACCGGUCAAGCCAAAUUUAAUUGUAUAUCAAUUUCUUUCCAGAUGCACGCCUUACAUAUGGGUUUGCUAGAUUUUUUUGUCAAAAAAAGCUACCCUUUACCUGUUCAAUAUGAACAAGAAGCCAAUGGAGAACGGCACAUGUUGAGUCUACUUCAUGUUGGGGGGAGUCAUUCUUUUCUUUCAUUGUACAUCAAGGUUCACAUUGGAAAAUUUCAUUACCCCUUUGGCAAUACAUGUUUCUCAAAGCUCAAGAUACAUAUGCAUGUAUACUUUGCAUGUGAAGAAACGUUAGCAAGCCACAAAUUACAUGAUAUCUGUUUGAAAAUCUGUGAUGGUGACUAUUUUCUGCGGAGCUUAUCUUCUCUAAACCCAUUGGUACUAUGGUUUAGCCACAGAAUUUGCAGAAUUAAACAUAACUCGCCAUAAUCUGAUUGCACAGAACACGUGAUAUAAAAUUGAUCAACUGUUUAGAAUUCA